GUGGCAGUACUGGAAGUUUGUCUGGCGCAGCACCCUGGUCACAGGUGUGACCUUGACGGAUCACCUGCACUUUACCCACUUCAGGACCGGGAAUCUCCUGGCGAGAGCCAUUCGCGUGGCGGUGGCACCAGAGCAUCCGCUGCGAAGGCUCUGGUCCAUUUUUACCUUCGGCACCAUCUUCGUCAACAUCCAGGCGGUGCAUGUCCUGUGCGGCCCAAACCACCUGCUGCACCGCGCAACGCCCUUCGAGGAUUUUGCGAAGAUCAGUCACAAAGUUCCCACACUCAUCGACGACAUCACGGACAGCCAAGGCAUCAAGCCCAUAACGGAACCCGCCGAGUGGGAUAA